CAGCCAUGGAACAUCUCAGUGGGGCCUUCAAUACCACACCUCCCAUCCCCUACGCCCUCGCCAGAGUGAUGCAUGGUACUGGAACUCCCCGACUACUCGGCUGGAAUGUUCCAACCGAGGAUCUCAUCCACAUCCCCCAACACUGGCUCAAGUAUCCAGCAGUCGAGCCUAUGCAUCACUACGUUCUCGGCUUACUUUAUAUAAUAUUCAUGAUUUUUUCCCUCGUUGGCAACGGACUAGUCAUAUGGAUAUUUUGUGGGGCCAAGAACCUGAGGACGCCUUCCAACAUGUUUGUGGUAAACCUGGCUUUGUGCGACUUUAUGAUGAUGCUAAAGACUCCGAUCUUCAUCUAUAACUCUUUCAAUCUCGGGUUUGCACUUGGACCGUUCGGUUGUCAGAUAUUUAGUAUUAUGGGUUCUCUGUCUGGCAUUGGAGCUUCUGCUACAAAUGCCGUCAUCGCCUACGAUAGAUACAACACAAUUGCCCAUCCUUUAGACGGAAGGAUGACGAAGGGAAAGGCGUUCAUUUUUAUUCUGGUGAUUUGGACGUAUGUUACUCCAUGGGUGUUCUUCCCAGCUUCCCAAACAUGGGGACGUUUCGCUCCAGAGGGCUACCUGACUGCCUGUUCUUUCGACUACCUAACAAGAACGCCCGAGAAUCAAUUCUUCGUGCUGGUCUUGUUCUUCGUCUGCUACGUGUUACCGAUGACAAUGAUCGUCUUCUUCUACUCGCAGAUAGUCAGUCACGUUGUCAACCACGAGAAAGCCCUCAAGCAGCAGGCGAAGAAAAUGAACGUGGAGUCGCUCCGCAGCAACCAAAACCAACAGAACCAGUCUGCAGAGAUCAGGAUCGCCAAGGCUGCUAUAACCAUAUGUUUCCUAUUCGUUGCUUCCUGGACUCCUUACGCGGUUCUCGCUCUUAUCGGAGCAUUUGGUAACCAGGCCCUAUUGACUCCAGGAGUCACGAUGAUUCCUGCCCUCACCUGUAAAGCUGUGGCCUGCAUCGACCCUUAUGUUUAUGCCAUCAGCCACCCUAGAUACAGAGUGGAACUGGCCAAGCGCGUGCCAUGGCUGGCCAUCAACGAACAAGCGCCGCCGCCAGAGACGGCCUCGACCACUACAACUGAGGCUACAGCAACCACUCCGGCCGAGUGAACGAACCGAGGCACUCGCCCCCCACCGACAGGACAAGUACUACUGAGUGCGUUACUAGGCCCAUCCAUAUCUCAUAUUCACAUAUUUCUUGCUCCUGUAUUAUGCUCUAAAUUACGCGCUGUAACGUUAAGUCGGUUUAGUGUUAAUUUGUUAUAUUUAGAAUUGAUUGAUGAGGGAAAUGAAUAGUGAAUAUAAAGUCUUCCAUUAUUAAUUAGAGGCAUUUUUUUGAAGUUAACAUUCAAUUUUCAAAAGUUUGGGAUUAUGAAAUAAUUUAUAUAUGUAUAAUAAUAAUAUGAUAUAUAUAUAUAUAUAUAUAUAUAUAUAUAUAUGUGUGUGUGUGUGUGUGUGUGUGUGUGUAAAUUUAAGUACACAUAAUUCAAUAUUAUAUGUAAAUACAAAUUUUUACUUAUAAACAUUUCAUAUCAAUCAUUACUAAGUAUUAGUAUGACAGUUAUUUUUAGUAAUUAACGCAUUCCUGUUGGGUAGAAUAUCUACCUUAAGACCACAUAACAUUAUGAAGUGAUACUUUUCAUUAAAUUUGGAAAUUCUAAAAAACCUGUCAGUCAUGAGCAUGUGAAAUGUGGGUUGUCGGGUUUACUGACGAUGCUAAACCCACUUGAAAGUAGGUUUCUUGGUUUUUGAGCUACGGAACUACCGAUAAUGAAUGCUGAAAGAAACACACACGUCUCCAGUAAAAUAUUACAAAAUCAGUCUAUAAGUGUUUUCAAAACAAUCUUUACUGAUAUAUAUUACCUCUUAAAACAAUUGGUUAAGUAAUCUGGAGUUUGAUUUCAAACUGUAAAAAUGGUCGUCUUUGUAUGUUUUAUUCCAUGUGAAAUAAAAUAUACAAUUUAUGAUCUAUUGUAAAUGUUUCAACACGUAAAUAAAGUGUAAUAACAUAGUUUAAAGUAUUUCCGAUAAAGGUUUUUGUAAGUUAGAAUAUGGUAUUAGAAAUAAAUCGUAGUAAAUAGUUCCUUCUUUUGAAGCUUAAAAGAUUUUAUGAGUAAUAAUGUGACCUCUCUUCCCACCAAAACAUAUUACAAUGAUAUAUACUAUCAAUGCAGGCGUAGAAAAUGACGGUUUAUGACUCUUUAAUGCCUGUUUCCAACAGCAUACACUGUAACUGUACAAUGGAGAGCGCAACUUUAAUAAGAGUUGCGCUCUUCUUCUCUGUAUAUGGCCCACAAAGUGUCAAAAAAAUACCAUGUGGCUUAUGGAUUGAUAAUAUUAAAAGUGAAACUCAAAAUCAAUUCCUUGUAUGUACCAUCAGCGACUUCUCAUUUCCUUACAGUAACGUCCCACAAGAAGUCCGUGGAAAAUUUCAAGUAAAAGUAUAGGUCAGGUAACAUAUCUUUUGAGGGUUUUAAUAAAAGUACUGUGAAUAGUAAAUAUACAAUUUUGACAAAACUUAAAGAUUAUGUCCUGUAUUUGAUAGUUAAUUGCUUACUAAAUAUGCCUUAUAAUAUCGCACAACAUAAGGUUUAUCCCAAAAUUGAAUUAAAAAGAAAAGUUCUAAAAUAUAGAGCUAGAAUUAUUCGAGAGGGUUUGGGGGAAUCUAAGGCUCCACUUCUGAAAACCCCUUUUUAACGUUACAUAUCCUAUUUAUAUUUGUUACUGUAUUUUUUAUAAAUCUCCAUGUAUUAAGUGGCUAGAAUUCAAUAUACAAAAGCUACAAUAUCCGCCGUUUUUCACUGUCAUAUAAAUUUUAUACUUCUCCCAAAAAUUUUAAAAUGUUACUUAAUUUAUUUUCUCGUUCCAAUCUUUGAACCAACCCUCAUUUGACGUGAAUUGAAAUACGGCUAACGUUGAUCAUAUGAUUUUUUUAAUGUAGCAGGAAAACUCAGCAAUAGCUUACAAAUUAUGGCAGACUUCAUAAUAUUGUUAUAAGUAUUCACAAAAGAAAAAAGUAAUAACUUUUUAAGAAAAUUACAAAAUUACAGACAGUGAUUUAUUACUCGAAUUUUCAUUAAAAUAAAAUAGUUGAAAUUUUUUUGUUAAAAUAAUAACAGUUUUACUAGAUUUUAGCACGUAUUAUUUGUAUUUAUGAAUAUUCGUGUGUAUGUGUAAUUAUAUACGGAUGGGCCAUAAUUUAAAGUUGUCUAAGGAUUUAAUAUGAACAAAAGCUAACAUAUGUUUAUUAGGGAACAAAGUAAUGUGCAGAAAAUAUUAUAAGAAAAUAUAACCAAAAUAAUAUAUUUUAAGUCAUAUAUGGAUUCUAGUACUUGUUCUGGGUUUCUCUACUCAUUUGUACAACACCGGCUAAGUCUAAGGCUAACGAGUUUGGAUACGGAAAAUUUUCUUUUAGUUUUGUGUUUUAUGCACACACUUUUAUUUUGUGUUUUUGUAAAAAUGUGAUAGUCUUUAUAGAACACCAUACCAAGCACAUUUCCACAAUGUUACAAGAAUAAUAUUUAACGAGUUUGAUAUGUCAUGCUUGUUGUAUAUUUUACUAUGUAAAUCUUUAGUAAGUAUUUCCUAAAUGUAUUUUAUUUGUGAGUCGUUGAUUUUUUACAAAUAAAGUAUUGUUUAUCUUGCAACGGAAA